AAACUAAUCCCCAACAAAACCACAAUCUCUUCUGGCAGUAGAAAAAGCAAUCCAUUUUCCUUCGUCGACGAAGCAUUCCACACUUGGUCGAGCUCGCCGUCGGACGCCGUCCACCGUUGCCAUCCCAUUGUGGUUGUUCUCCGGCAAGUACUGAAGAAGAUUGACAGAAGACACUGAGAAGCUAAAUGGCAACUCAAGCAGCUACCACUUUUAGUGGCAACAUGAAGAAAGCACUAGCUGGACUUAGACGUAUUAAUCUUGAAGGGCUGCGAUGGAAGGUUUUUGAUGCCAAAGGCCAGGUCCUUGGGAGGUUAGCAUCUCAAAUAGCUACUGUAGUUCAGGGAAAGGAUAAGCCAACAUAUGCACCUAAUCGUGAUGAUGGAGAUAUGUGUGUUGUGCUUAACGCAAAGGAUGUUUGUGUGACUGGAAGAAAACUUACACACAAGUUCUAUCGCUGGCAUACUGGGUAUGUGGGCCACCUCAAGGAAAGGAGUCUAAAGGACCAGUUAGCCAAAGACCCUACAGAAGUUAUUCGCAAAGCUGUUCUACGCAUGCUGCCUAGAAACAAACUGCGUGAUGAUAGGGAUCGAAAACUGAGGAUCUUUGCUGGUAGCGAGCAUCCUUUUGGUGACAGGCCCCUUGAACCUUAUGUGAUGCCUCCUAGGAAUGUACGAGAAAUGCGGCCAAGAGCAAGGCGUGCGAUGAUCCGUGCUCAAAAGAAGGCUGAGCAGCAACAACAGAGUACAGGUGAAACAAGGAAAGGCAAAAAGAGAGAAGCCUCAGGAGAAGUGAAUGCUUGAAUAAAUGUUAUCGUGGUUGAGGGAAUUUUUUCUGACCUUUGGAAAGCUAUCUGUUUCUCUUUUCUAGCAAAUUAUUUCAUGUCAUAUGAAAUUGGUUCCGAAGUCUUUACAGGCAUGAAAGCUUAGUUAAGAAACAAUGGAAGCAUGCAUGACAAGAAGCAUGUAACGUAGUUAGAGGAAUUUUGUGCAAUGCCUGAAACACUACGAGUUAGUCCAAUUUAUUCCAAUUAGUCACUCGAAAAGCUUAGAUGGAUUGUAGUUUGAGUUCUGUGUAA